AUGACGACGGCUUUAGUGCGGCGGGAUGGUCGGGGCCAGCGCGAGAUGCGUGGCAGGGAGCUGCGCACCUCGGAGCUGAACCAGUUCGAUGGCUCUGCGUGGUACUCACAGGGCCUCACUGCAGUUGUGGCUGCCGUCAACGGCCCCGUUGCCGCGCGGCAGGAGGACUACCGCACCUGUGACGUGCGCGUCUACCUUACACGUGCAGUGCGCCUGCCGCACGCCGGCGGGGCUGACCGUCUGUGUGUGGAGCAGCAGCGGGAGGAGCAGCAGCGUGCGGACGGCGAGGCGGAGCGAUUCCUUGCGUCGUGCGUGGAGGCCGUUGUGCUACUGGAGCGGUUCCCGCGCUGUGUGCUCGAGGCGCACUUGACCGUGCUGUCUGAUGAUGGCGCCCUCCUCGCUGUGGCGGCAAACGCGCUGAUGUGCGCGCUGCUCGAUGCCGGCGUGCCGUGCCGCACGACAAUUGCGGCGGUGUGCCUCGCGGCGUGUGCGGAUGGGAACAGCGGCCCAUCCGCAUCAUCGCCAGCGGCAUCAUCAUCAGUGCUUCUGCUCGACCCGACGCUGGCGGAAGAGGCGGGUGACGAGGCGCAGAGUUACGCCACGGCGACCUUUGUCGUGGCGAACCCGAGCAGCAGCGACAAGAGCAGCAGUGGCGGUGUGCUGGCGAGUCAUGUGGAGGCUCGCCCGGGGUCGUCGCUGUACGGCUGCCGUCUGCGGGCGGCGGAGCUGGCCAGCAUGACUACGCUGGCAGAGCGAGCCGCCACGAUACUCUUUGACUUCUUCCGGAACUGCAACGUACCGCUGGAGUAA